AUGCCCCCGAUCGCUAUUACCGCAGCCAACCAGCCGACACCAGAGAGACCACUUGGGCUGAAUCUCGACGGAACCGUACUGAAGACAUUCCUCAACUCUCUGAACUUCGACAUUGAGAAGGAAGCGAUCCCACGCAACCUCGAGCUCGAAGCAGCCAUGCAGCGAGUAUUCGAAGCCGAGAACCUUCCGCCCAAAAGCCUAGCACAGGUCCUCCAGAUGCUGCCCUUCACCUGUGCGGCGUCAGAGAUGUCGUACUACACCCAUCCGUUCGCAAUAAAGGUCUUCAUCGCGACCUAUAUCACCCUCCUCCUCUACCUCGACGAUCUCUGCGAGAAAGACCCCGCCGCGAUGGUCCCCGAGCUCACGCGCGUCGUUGCCACCGUCGGCAGCGGCGGCGGCGAAGAACACCAGUACCACCCGAGCAUCCGCCACUUCCUGCGGCUGGUACGGGAAGACGCACCGAAGCACUACGGCCCGCUGUCGACGGGUGUGAUCGUAAAGUCGACGAUCGACUACUUCGUCGGCUGUUUGAUCGAGAGCCAGUAUCCGAAGGGUGUGAAGUGUCCCGCGAGCGCCGGCCGGUUUCCGAGGUACCUGCGCUUGAAAUCGGGCAAUAGCGAGGCGUUCGCUCACAUGAUAUUCCCCGAGGAACGGUUUCCAGAGCGGAAGUUCCUCGAGACAUACCUCCCCACCAUCCCAGAUAUCGUUGAGCUCACGUAUAUGAUCAACGACUGCUUGUCGAUGUAUAAGGAGUCGAUCGUGGGGACGGAGGAGAACACGUACUUCAUGAGCAUGGGUAAAGUGCAUAGGUGUGAUCCGGUCGAUGUCUUGGUGAGGACGGGGGUUGAUCAGGCUGGGUUGGCCAGAGAUGUUAGUGCAACGCUGGAUGGGAAAGAGGAGUUGAAGGAAGCUUUUGAGACGUAUCUAAGCGGCUACAUCAUGUAUCACUGUACUCAGAAACGAUAUAGGCUGGCAGAGCUGGGGAUCAGCAUGGAGCCUUCACGUUCGCCACAAGCUUGA